AUGGGGUUGGAGGCCAUGGGCAGAAGGGAGGAACGUCCCCGGGACCCCCCGGGCCCGGCGGAGCCCAGGCGCCGGCGGGGGCGGAGGCCGGGGGGGAAGACGAGCCGGCCGCGCUGGACCUGCUCCCGGGCGCGGCUCAAGAAGACGCUGUGGGGCGUGGCCGUGGUGCUGUGCGUGUGCGCGUCCUGGGCGGGCUCCACGCAGCUGGCCAAGGUCACCUUCAGGACCUUCGACGCGCCCUUCACGCUGACCUGGUUUGCCACCAACUGGAACUUCCUGUUCUUCCCGUUGUACUACGUGGGGCACGUGUGCCAGUCCGCGGAGAAGCAGUCCGUGAAGCAGAGAUACAGGGACUGCUGCGGCCUGUUCGGAGAGAAUGGCUUGACUUUGAAGGUGUUUUUUACCAAGGCCGCCCCUUUUGGGGUGCUGUGGACCCUGACAAACUACCUGUACUUACAUGCAAUAAAGAAAAUAAACACUACGGACGUCUCCGUGUUGUUCUGCUGCAACAAAGCCUUUGUGUUCUUGCUCUCGUGGACCGUUCUCAGGGACCGGUUCAUGGGAGUGAGGAUCGUGGCCGCCAUCCUCGCCAUCGCCGGCAUCGUGAUGAUGACCUACGCCGACGGCUUCCACAGCCACUCCGUCAUCGGCAUCGCGCUGGUGGUGGGCUCCGCGUCCACCUCCGCCCUGUACAAGGUUCUGUUCAAGCUGCUGCUGGGGAGCGCGCAGUUCGGGGAGGCGGCCCUGUUCCUGUCCGUCCUGGCCGUGUUCAACCUGCUCUUCGUCACCGGCGUCCCCGUCGUCCUCUACUUCACCAAGGUGGAGCACUGGAGCUCCUUCGCCGACGUCCCCUGGGGGAGCCUCUGCGGGUUCUCCCUGCUCCUGCUGACCUUCAACGUGGUGUUGAAUUUUGGGAUCGCCGUGACUUCCCCGACCCUGAUGUCCCUCGGGAUCGUCCUCAGUGUGCCUGUGAACGCGGUGGUGGACCGCUACACCAGCGAGAUCGUCUUCAACGGCGUGCGGGUGGUCGCCAUCGCCAUCAUCGGCCUGGGCUUCCUGCUGCUGCUGCUGCCCGAGGAGUGGGACCUGUGGCUCAUCGGGCUGCUCACGCGCCUCAAAGUGCGGAAGAAGGACGAGGCGGCCGAGGCCGCGGGGGACCCGGGCUCUGCCCCCCUCGGCAGGAGCAGGAGGGCUCGCCCGUCCUUCGCGCGCUGA